CUCUGGUAGGUCCACAAUGGUUGUACAGCCAGCAUCUUGCAACACAAUGAUUGCAAUACGGUGAACGGGGAGUGAUUCAGCAUUGCAAUCUCGAUUUCUAGGGUAUUCUUCAUCCAUCGCUGAGUUUUUCUUUAUUUCUAGUUAUCUCCAUCUUCACGUAUAUUAUUCUGUGCGUGUAAAAGUCGUUAAAUGUCUCCCGUCGGAAUGUUUUGAACAGAACUGUCACCGGACUAGGAUCGUCGUCAGCUGGCACGGAAUGACUCAGACGGUUUCUGAUCUAUCGUCACACAUUGGCCACAGACUGAGAAGGAUCUAUCGUCACACAUUGGCCACAGACUGAGAAGGAUCUAUCGUCACACAUUGGCCACAGACUGAGAAGGAUCUAUCGUCACACAUUGGCCACAGACUGAGAAGGAUCUAUCGUCACACAUUGGCCACAGACUGAGAAGGAUCUAUCGUCCUUCACAGAGGUGGCCUGGAUUGUGGCGAGCGCCUCAAACAGGUGCUGCAGGUAUUUAUGAGGAGGGAUUUCUUCUAUUACUGCAGUGAACCUGUCCUGGAUGUGAAAAUAGCCUUUUGUCAGGGUUUUGGUAAACAAGUGGAUGUGUCAUAUAUCGUCAAACACUACAACAUGUCUAAAAGCAAAGUGGACAACCAGUUCUACAGCGUGGAAGUUGGAGAUUCCACCUUCACAGUUCUCAAACGCUACCAGAAUCUAAAACCCAUCGGUUCUGGAGCUCAGGGAAUUGUCUGUGCCGGGUCCGAUUCGGUCCUCGACAGGAACGUGGCCAUCAAGAAGCUCAGCAGACCCUUUCAGAACCAGACCCAUGCCAAGAGGGCAUACAGGGAACUGGUGCUCAUGAAAUGUGUCAAUCACAAAAACAUCAUCAGUUUAUUAAAUGUUUUCACACCACAGAAAUCAUUAGAAGACUUCCAGGAUGUGUACCUGUGCAUGGAGCUGAUGGAUGCCAACCUGUGCCAGGUGAUCCAGAUGGAGCUGGACCAUGAGAGAAUGUCUUACCUGCUCUACCAGAUGUUGUGUGGAAUCAAACACCUGCACUCCGCGGGCAUCAUUCACAGGGACCUGAAACCUAGCAAUAUAGUGGUGAAAUCUGAUUGUACUCUGAAGAUCCUGGACUUUGGCUUGGCUAGGACUGCAGGCACCAGCUUCAUGAUGACCCCGUACGUGGUGACGCGGUACUACAGAGCCCCAGAGGUCAUCCUGGGCAUGGGGUACAAAGAGAACGUGGAUAUAUGGUCGGUGGGGUGCAUUAUGGGAGAAAUGGUGCGUCACAAAAUUCUGUUCCCUGGCCGGGACUAUAUUGACCAAUGGAAUAAGGUGAUUGAGCAGCUGGGCACGCCUGCGCCAGAGUUUAUGAAGAAACUGCAGCCCACCGUCCGUAACUAUGUAGAGAACAGGCCCAAAUAUGCAGGCCUCACCUUCCCCAAGCUCUUCCCUGACUGCCUCUUCCCCGCAGACUCAGAGCACAACAAACUGAAAGCCAGCCAGGCCAGAGACCUGUUGUGUAAGAUGUUGAUUAUUGAUCCAGCCAAGCGGAUACAAGUGGACGAAGCUUUACAGCACCCCUACAUCAACGUUUGGUACGACCCAGCCGAGGUGGAGGCGGCCAGGGAUCUCGUCCAAAUAUCAAUGCCGCCUCCUGCUAUCUACGACAAGCAGCUGGAUGAGAGAGAACACUCCAUCGAUGAAUGGAAAGAACUAAUCUACAAAGAGGUGAUGAACUUUGAGGAGAGGACGAGGAACGGGGUGGUGAAGGGACAACCCUCUACCUCAGGUGCAGCCGUGAACAGCAGUGGUGAGAGCCUCCCUUCUCCGUCCGUCAACGAUAUCUCCUCCAUGUCCACCGACCAGACCCUGGCAUCAGACACCGACAGCAGCCUGGAGACCUCUGCAGGACCCCUGGGUUGUUGCAGGUGACUAGCAGCCUGCCUGCGCAACCCCAUGUUCUUCAGAAGGUGAAACACAAUGUCCAAACAACCCAACCAACCUACCUACCAACCACUACCAACCGAAACCUGAAAAAGAACAAAAAUUAUUAAAAGAGAAAAAAAUUAUGAUAUGAAUGGGAUGAUUAAGGAAACGUAAAGUAAUUACUAUAAGAAUCAUAAUUCUAAAAUUUAAGCCUGCAUUUUCAUUCAAAAAUAAAUCACAAAAGUAUAACGAAAAAACUAAAAUAAACUAAAGUGAAAUAUAUUUAAUAACUUCUAGUUGCUUUACUUAUAUCUCCCCCUUAUAUGGCAUCAUAAAAAAAUACAAAAAGCUUAGACAGGCAUCUUUCUGUAAAGUGUCAUUAAAACUGGCUGUUCAUUUCCCCAAUACCUUGCAAGCGUCUGUGCUUCAGUCAAUGUGGCAAGGUGUUCUCUUUUUGGUCAUUACUGCACAGUACUAUAUAAACCUCCAUUCACUUCCCCCACACCUUAUGUGACGGUACUGGUAUGUUUUGAUAACCUCUAGGCUUGAACCUGGGGUUGUCUCCUGUAUGGGUGGGACAGAUAGGUGUGUUUGAAUACUGUUAUUCCUGCAGGGGUUAGUGCUAGUGUUCCACACAGCACAGCGCCCCCUGUCUUCUGUAAAUAUGUCAUUCUGUUCAGCAGCGAGCUCGGCACACAGACGGACAGAGUGGGACUGAUGGCCAGUACUGGAAGUUCGUCUAUAGCGCACCUUGCCACAUGACAUCUCCGCCUUGACCUUUGUCCCCUUAACCUUUGCCCCUUGACCUUUCACCUUAUUUUAACCCCUUGCCUGUUAGACCUGCUGCAUGAUUACAAAAGCUAACUCUAAUUAUAUGAUUAAAUGACUAUAGGUACUUUUGUUUAUAUAACAUAAGUAAUUGAACUUUUCAACCGGAGUGGUGCUGAAACCCAGGAAUGGGGGAGCUCUAGUUAAUGAUGGAUAGCUAAAUAUAUAUUAACAUACAUACUGUAGUGAUUGGCUGCAGGAGAAGUCAUUGGGACGUACAGUACUAUCACUGUCAUCGCUGAGUAAGAUUGGGGUCAAUUCAGUCAAUUCAGAAUGUCAACAGAAAUUCCAAUUCUAAUUCCAUAUUUUCAUCAUUGAAACACAUUCAGGAAUAUUGGAAUUUGGAACUGAAUUUUUCAAUUGACUUCCUGAAUUGACAAUGGGACUGACCCCAAACUUGUCGCUGAGCUGGAACCUUAAGUUCUCAUUUCUUUUUUGUGUUUUUUUUUGUUGAAAUGAAAUGAUAAAAUCCCUUCUGACUGCACGCCUGCACCACGCCUACGGGCUGUGGACCGGCCCACCCACCCACCCACAGCCAGUCAUUCCCAAUGUCACCUACCCACCAACCAGGGUGGUCACUCACUCUGUUUCUGUGUCACUACUGUGGAGUAAAGAAGAGGAGAGAAGGAGACUUAUAUGUGUGUGUUACUAUCUGAAGAACGCUUUUUUGGGGGGCGGCGGGGGUCAAGAGGUUACCUCAUAGAAUAGUUUAGUUCCUCAAUCACAUCUGUCAUUUACAUUUAAAUGACUACUACUUAAUGUAAUGACUACUACUUACUGUAAUGACUACUACUUACUGCAAUGACUAAUACCUACUUACUGUAAUGAAUACUGCUUACUGUAAUGACUACUACUUACUGUAAUGACUACUACUUACUGUAAUGACUACUACUUUCUGUAAUGACUACUACUUACUGUAAUGACUACUACUUUCUGUAAUGACUACUACUUACUGUAAUGACUACUACUUUCUGUAAUGACUACUACUUACUGUAAUGACUACAACUUUCUGUAAUGACUACUACUUACUGUAAUGAAUACUACUUACUUUCUGUAAUGACUACUACUUACUGUAAUGACUACUACUUACUGUAAUGACUACUACUUUCUGUAAUGACUACUACUUACUGUAAUGACUACUACUUUCUGUAAUGACUACUACUUACUGUAAUGACUACUACUUUCUGUAAUGACUACUACUUACUGUAAUGACUACAACUUUCUGUAAUGACUACUACUUACUGUAAUGAAUACUACUUACUUUCUGUAAUGACUACUACUUACUGUAAUGACUACUACUUACUGUAAUGACUACUACUUUCUGUAAUGACUACUACUUACUGUAAUGAAUACUACUUACUUUCUGUAAUGACUACUACUUACUUACUGUAAUGACUAAUACUUACUUACUGUAAUGACUACUACUUACUGUGAUGACUACUACUUACUUACUGUAAUGGCUACUACUUUCUGUAAUGACUACUACUUACUGUAAUGACUACUACAUACUGUAAUGCCUACUACUUACUGUAAUGACUACUACUUACUGUAAUGCCAUAUUUUGUCAAAAGGGAAUCAGCUGAUAUACCGACUACCUAUAAAACCAGUAAUGUUAAAAAUAAGGAUUUUAACUGAAAGUUUAUUUAUUAUUGAUUAUUUAUUAUUUCAUAGACUGAACCUGAAUAAUGGGAAGUGCCUUGUUUGGAAUGAUGCUGUUUCCUCAUCUUAGAUAUGCAGUAAUAACAACAACGCAGCAAGCAUUGAAAUGAAGUUGGUGUCUGGUAGGGUUGAAACAUUUCUGGUAACUUUCCCAGAAGUCCCAGGUUUUCCAGAAAAUCCUGGUUGGAGGAUUCCCUCCCUUUUCAUUCCCUCCUGAUCCCAGGAAUCCUCCAUCUUAUAAUCCUUCAACUUUAUGAAAACCUGUGAAGUUUGGGAAAGUUUACCAGAGAUGUUGAAACCUUAGUGUCUGGCCUGUCCUGUUCAAUCUGUUUCCGCAUGGUGCCACUGUCUGCACCUACCUGCACAUAGUCACCACUACUGACCAAUACCCAUGUCCUCUCUAUAGGAAGUACACUACAACCAUCACCAUGGAAUCGUUGCAUCUUUGACUAACUUAAUCAUGUAGAAAUUGGAACCUACUUUUUAAACACACUGGGACUGUUGUUAAAAUGCAGAUAAAGACUCAUCUACAUGUUUUUCUGACCUAUAUAGUUACCUAGCAACUGAGCAGAAUACCUUCUAAGUUCUUCUGACCUAUAUAGUUACCUAGCAACUGAGCAGAAUACCUUCUAAGUUCUUCUGACCUAUAUAGUUACCUAGCAACUGAGCAGAAUACCUUCUAAGUUCUUCUGACCUAUAUAGUUACCUAGCAACUGAGCAGAAUACCUUCUAAGUUCUUCUGACCUAUAUAGUUACCUAGCAACUGAGCAGAAUACCUUCUAAGUUGUUUUGUUUUGUAUCUGUAAAUGUCUUAUUUGAUCAGUGUCCUUACAUUUCAAUAAAGGGAUGAAAUAAUA